CGACUCGACGGUUCGUCGGCUAUCAUUGCCUUUAAAAAUAUUUUAAAAGCUCUUUAAAAAACUAUUUUUAGUGUCCCAAAGUGCCUUAACAACUUUCUAGAAGUGAUAGGUAAACUGUGAAAUAAGAAGUGUUUUUUCGUGUCGAAAAGUAGUCGGGAAUUUUUCGGAAUUGUUGUUCUGAGAAGCCAACUUCUGCACCUUUCAAUGGUUGCCGUUCGAUAGUUGGAGGAGAAUGGAGGCCAAAGAUGGGGGAUUGCAACUGCUCUAAAAUCGCCAAGAUGCAGCUGUUCCACGAGCUGAAGCAGCAAUUCCCAACUCUCUCUGAUUCCAUCGUUAAAGAUUGCAUCAAAGAGAAUGGUCACGACAGGGAAACAUGCGCAAAAACUUUGCGCGCAACAGAAAAUCGUCGUCCUUCCCGCGGUGCAUUUCCCCCACCCGCACAGAAUUCGGAGCCGGUGCAACUUGGCAUUAUGAAGCAGAAAGAGGUCGCUAUCUCACCAGCUUCCACCUCUCGCCCGCACAGGCCAGCUACCCUUGAUUUUGAAUUGAGACGUCCGUCAAUCGGCUGUACACGAGUCCCACCGAUUAAUAAUCAUUUUAACACGGAAGUCUUUGACGAUACUAGUGGAGCAGAGAGGACGGGGUUCGAACUUAAUGUCAAUGUAGAAUGCAGUCCUGUCAAAAAUAGAGUGUUCGGAUCGCCACCAGGGGCGUCAAGAAGAAGCGAUAUUGUCUUUGAGCCACGUUCUUACACAGAACCCUACAUGAAUGUUAAUCCAGCAAUCCAGGUGGAUCAAACUCGAAGUUUCACUUCCGUGAGUUUAACUCUACGGCCACCUUCUUCGGAUCCGCAACCGCCGAUUGAAAUUCGGUCGCAGGGUUCGAGCUUAACCUACUCAACAUCUUCCUCAGACCCACGAGGCUUUCAAAGCAGCGUUCAGAUUAGUGUUGCUGCUGCGAGAAUAAGGCCUCCGAUGGCUCCCACGAGGCCUAGUAAUCUUAUUCCCUCAGGUCAAUUCAGCAGUCUUCGACAACCGGCAGGACUCCCGCCCGGACCCCCUAGUCAGUUAUCAAGGCCGACGAUGACGAUGAGCGCCCCGACAACGCCUUCGGUUCCGACAAUGAAUUUAAUUGUCCCCUCUACGAGUUCGCCAACCACUCCUUUGGUUGCUCAAGCCAUAAAAUCGCCACCUCAAACCCCCGAAAAAGAGGAGGGCGAGUUGGUUCCUUCCAGUUCGAACCAAGUGACAGAAAGUCAGAGGCAAUUAAUUGCAGAGCAACUGGAAAGGAAGGAGAGACUUGCACGCGAUGUGCUGGUCGAAAAGGAAAAACUCGAAGCUAUAAAAAAGGAAAUGGAAAUGCUCUUGAGACCUUUAGAUCCUUUAAUCACGCCUGAAGUCUACAGGCAGAAGCUACAUAAUGAAAUUUCUCAAUUGCGGAAUCAGUGUAAUAAAUUGACUAAUGAAAUCGAUCAAAGAUCGCUUCCCGGAGUUCCUCUCGGGGAAACAAACGAGGAAUUCUAUCAGGGAAUUUACACUGGACAGCCUUUCGUUCCCCGACUGUCAAAUCUUCCACCUCCGUUGCCUUUGGAACCGCCAGCCUGGCAAAGGCCGGGCCCUAGUCUCAAUCGCGAGGACAGAGAGGAGGGCUGGAUUUGUAGAAUGUGCACCUUCAAAAAUCAUCCGCUGAUGAAGAGGUGCGAGCAAUGCGAGCUUCCUCGAAUAAUGCCGCCUUUUCCGGCAGGUAGGAGACGGCUCUCAGGCGAAACGCAGGAUAUUCACAUACGGGUGACGCAUCACCACAAUUUUUCACCACGGCGGACCGUGCGCAGUUGGGUUGUAUGACGAAAACUGAAUUAGAAAGAAAAAGAAAGUGUAUAUAAUUAAUUUAUUAUUCCCUUAAAAUGAAUAAAACUACUUCUACGUAUUUAAACUUAAAGCGACUGAUUGUGAAUAUUGUAAUUAUUAUUUAAUUUUCUAUUUGCUUUAGAAUACA